UUCAAUCCAAACAGGCUUCUUUGUGUGAAUCUUAAGUCACUUUAAUGAAAAAUAGAUUCAUCUUCACUUGUAUGAAAUUGUUUUGUUUGUUUUAAGCGGUGACUUUGAAAAUCCUUUUCUCUAUUUCUAGUUCUAGGGUUUUCAAUCGAUCAUUCCGAUGCCAGAAUCAAAAGGCAUCGUGAUGGAUCCAUGGAGACUUUUCUUCUUUUUGGUAAUAUCUGUGAUUGGAUUUGUGAACGGCGAAAAGAUUCAUCAUCAAAGUAAUCAUCAGAAGUCAUUAAAUACGCCAAUGAUUUUGCCUUUAUAUCGUAAAACUCCGAAUUCAUCAAAAUUUGUUCAAGAGAACUUCCAUCGGCAGCUUAAAGAGGCUGAACAUCGGCAUCCGAAUGCUCGUAUGAGGCUACAUGAUGAUCUUCUUACUAAUGGGUAUUAUACUACGCAUCUUCUAAUCGGAACACCUCCUCAAGAAUUUGCACUUAUUGUUGAUUCUGGAAGUACAGUAACAUAUGUUCCGUGUUCUACUUGUGAACAGUGUGGAAAGCAUCAGGAUCCUAAAUUCCAGCCAGAUUUAUCGAGCACGUACGCAGCAUUGAAAUGUAACAUAGAUUGUACUUGUGAUAGUGAUAAUAAUCAAUGCAUUUAUGAGAGACAGUAUGCUGAAAUGAGUUCUAGUAGUGGUGUGCUUGGUGUAGACAUUAUAUCGUUUGGUAACGGAAGUGCUCUUGAGCCUCAACGUGCGACUUUUGGUUGUGAAAAUAUGGAAACUGGUGAUCUUUAUAGUCAACGUGCUGAUGGCAUUAUGGGAUUGGGUCGUGGACCGCUUAGUAUAAUGGAUCAACUUACUGACAAGGGUAUAAUCAGUGAUUCUUUUUCCUUGUGUUACGGUGGGAUGGAAAUUGGUGGUGGUGCAAUGGUUCUUGGUGCAAUUAAUCCUCUCCCUGAGAUGGUCUUCUCUCAUUCAGAUGCUAAUCGAAGUCCGUAUUACAACAUUGAGCUGAAGGAACUACAUGUUGGCGGGGAUCGGUUGAAGGUGAACCCAAGUGUCUUUGACGAAAAGCAUGGAACUGUCCUGGAUAGUGGCACUACAUAUGCUUACCUACCUGAACCAGUCUUUGUCCCAUUUAAAGAGGCUAUUAUGAAGAAACUUAGUCACCUUAAACAGAUUCAUGGUCCUGAUCCCAACUAUAAUGAUAUUUGCUUCGCCGGAGCUGGAAGUGAUAUUACACAACUGUCAAAGAACUUUCCCGAGGUCGACAUGGUGUUUGAAAAUGGAAAGAAGCUGCCACUUUCGCCUGAAAAUUACUUGUUUCGGCACUCUAAAGUCCGUGGUGCAUAUUGCUUGGGGAUAUUUCAGAAUGGAAGGGACCCCACGACUCUUUUGGGAGGUAUUGUCGUCCGUAAUACACUUGUGACUUAUGAUCGUCAAAACGAAAGGAUUGGGUUUCUUAAAACCAAUUGUUCAGAAUUGUGGGAUACACUUAAUGUCCCUGGAGCUCCUUCACCAGCACCUACUCCAAGUAGCAGCAACUCUACUCCAAGUAGCAGCAACUCUACUAUUGGAUUGACACCUAUGUUGGCUCCUAGUGGACUGCCAAGUUACAUUGAUCCAGAAGAUUUUCAGGUUGGGCUAAUUACAUUCGAUAUGUCACUGAGCGUCAAUUAUACAGAUCUGGAGCCUCACAUCGAUGAACUUGCUGGAUUUAUUGCUCAUGAAUUAGAAGUUAAUGCUUCUCAGGUUCAUCUGUUGAAUUUCACGCACAAAGGAAAUGAAUCCUUAUUAAGAUGGGUUAUAUAUCCAGCAGAAUCUGAUUAUUAUAUCUCUAAUACCACUGCAAAGAGCAUCUUUUGUCGCCUAAAUGAACAUCGUCUGCAACUUCCUGAAAGCUUCGGAAGCUACAAGUUGCUUGAGUGGAAAGUUGAGCCACCUCCUAAGCGAAGUUGGUGGGCGCGACACUUCAUUGCGGUGAUUGGAGGAGUUGUUAUAACAUUGAUUCUUGGUUUCACAAGUGUUGGUAUAUGGUUUGUCUGGAGGAGGAAGCAAGCACUUAAUAAUUACAAACCAGUUGGUGUUGGUGAUGUUGUUCAAGAAAGUGAGCUCCAGCCGCUGUGAAUAUAGUGAAUUCAAGUAGUAGUAUUUGCUGUCUAAUGGUAUUUACCUUUACUUUUCUAAAGUAUAUGGUGACGGUUAUCUCUUUAACAUGAGCAAAUGUGGGCCAGACUGCAAAAGGAGCGUCGAUCAGAUACCAUUUGUAACUCCGUAGCAUCGGUAAUGUCACAACAGGGGUGAUCUCUUUGGUCAACUUUGAAUCAGUUGAUCACUAAUUAAUCUGUUCAUGCUUAUAGAGAAAAAAUACAAGAGAAAAUGUUCUUGCAGUUUUGGAGGGGGGCAUGUUAUAGCAGAAGGGGUUCUUGUUGUAAGAUCAAUUUAUUAUACACUUGUUGAGAACAAAUCAAUGUUUAAAUAUUGCUAUUUUUGAUAAUUUUGUCAUACUGAACUUUUACGUCCGUGAUAAAGAGAUAUUUUCCUGA